ACACGUGGAUCUGGUAGGAAUCUUUGGCUUGGCUAGAUGCUCAUCAGGACAAAUCCAGGCCACAUUAUGAGGCUCAGGGAGAGCAGAGACUACACGGUGCAUACCAUAAGCGACAGAUCAUGCCUGAGUGUCAGCACACUGGCAAGCAGCAACGUCACCACCCAGCCUGGAGAUUCCCUGACCAGGAAAAUCUGCAUCACGAGGAAGCAGAACGAGAAGAAGAGGGUGGUGUGGGGCAUCGAGGUCGCUGAGGGCCUGCACUGGAAGGGCUGGGAGCUGGGCAAGGAGACCACGAGGAACCUGGUUCUGAAGAAUCUCUCCUCGAAAAUCCAGAAGAUAAAGUACAGGCCUCCCAAGACCAAGUUCUUCUUCACAAUCAUUCCCCAGCCCAUCUUCCUGAGCCCAGGCAUAAUGCUCACGCUCCCCAUCAUCUUCCGGCCUCUAGAAGAGAAGGAAUACACGGACCAGCUGUGGUUUGAGAAAGAAGAGGGGGCUUUCUGUGUGUUCUUGAAGGCCACCUUGCCUUGCCACAAGCUAGUCUGCCCAGAAUUCUUGCAACUGCCCAUGUGUGCCAUAGGGGACAUGGUGGAGACCUGGUUCUGUCUGAACAACGUCGGGGACCUGCCCACCUUCUUCACCUGGGAAGUUCCAAACCCAUUCCAGAUGCUUCCCACCUCUGGGUUACUGGAGCCAGGCCUGGGUUGUAAGAUCAAGGUGACCUUUGAGCCCCUCAUAGCUGUUAUUCACGAGGUGGAGGCCCUGUGCUGGUAUGGGAAGGGCAGCAGGCAGAAGAACAGCAUCCAGAUACAGGCUGCAGGUAAAUGUACACAGCUGCUGGUGAGCAUAAAGCACAAGCAGCCAGAGGACCAGGAUCCAGAGGGUUUCCAGAAGUUGUUACACUUCGGCCAUGUCUCUGUGGGCUCCACCGCCGAGCGCCAAAUCAGGCUGUAUAACCCAUCUGCGGUUAAUGCCCCCUUUAAGGUUGAAAUAGCCGAAGACGUGCUCACCAAAGACCAUGCCUUCUCAUGCUCCACGACCCACGGUAUGGUGCCCCCAGGAGAGAAGAAAUGCCUGUCACUGUUCUUCCACCCCAAUACCCUGGACAGCAGAACCAGAGACUACUUCUCCAUCGUGCCUGCUGGUUGCGCCUCCCAAACUCAGCUCCAAGUCGUCGGUUUCUGUAGAGGUCCCGAGGUGGUCCUGCAGCACUACUGCAUUAACUUCAGCUGGGUGAGGCUCGGGGAGCACGCAGAGCAGACCCUGUGGAUUGAGAAUCAGUCGGACUGCCCGGGCCACUUCCAGUUUGACAUUGACUGCCAGGAGAGCGUCUUCAGCAUCAGACCUACCUUUGGAACCCUGGCAGGCAAGGCCCGCAUCACCUUGCACUGUGUCUACCAGCCCAUACACCCUAUCAUCUGCUUCCGAAGGGUGGCUUGUCUCGUCCACCACCAGGACCCACUGUUUCUGGACCUGAUUGGGACCUGCCACUCAGAGAAUAUCAGGCCAGCCAUCCUGAGGCCUCAGCACCUCACCUGGUACCGAACACACCUGGCUCGGGGCCUGACACUCUACCCUCCUGACAUCCUGGCUGCCAUGCUGAAGGAGAAAAAGCUAGAACGGGAUGAGAAUGGGGCCCUCAUGUUGCCCAUUGAGUCUCUCCCUCUGCAGGAUCCGCACGACCAGCCAGCCCCAGUGUACCCCUCCAUCCCCCCCAUGGCAGAGUACUUUUUUGACGGCACCCGGGACAUGGCCAUCUUCCCCCCGGCUGUCAGUCUAGAGCCGAUCGAUGUGGACUUCGGUGGCUGUCCCAGGCCUGCGGACCCCAACCCUGUUCCCCUGUGCCUGAAGAACCACACCAAGGGCAAGAUCACCGUGAUCUGGACUCACAGGCCUGACUGCCCUUUCUGGGUCACCCCAGACACGAGCGACGUGCCUCCACUCAGGUCCAUAGCCCUGCGCCUGCAUUUCAAGCCGUCCUCUCCCAACUGCCUCUAUGCUGUGGAGCUGGAAGCCUUCGCCGUCUACAAGGUCCUUCAGAAUUACAGCAACAUUGAGGAGGACUGUACAGUAGCCCCAUCCUGGUGUCUGAAGGUUCGGGCUCGAGGCCACAGCUAUUAUCCUGCCUUAGAGCACCACAUUCCCCAGUAUUCCCUGGACGCACCCAAGACGUUCCCAGCUGUGUCCUCUGGAAAGCCCACCUACAGAAGCCUGCUUCUGGUCAACAAAGGCUCCAUGAUGCUGACCUUCAGCCUAGCUCCCAACAGCAGCUUGGACAUCUCCCUGAGGCCUGCCUCUGGCCUCAUAGCUCCUGGGGCCCACCAGGUCUUCCUCAUCAACACAUACCCCAAGGGCACCUCAUGGAAGCAGCAUGUCUUCUACCUGCAGUUCAACUUUUACCCCCAAUAUCUCAAGGAAGUAAGCAUGCAGAGCAGAGAGGAGCCACUGCAGCUGAAGCUGGACACCUACAAAAGCAUCUUCUUCAAGCCUACCUGGGUGGGAUGCUCCUCCACCUGCACCUUCACCUUUCACAACCCCACACGGCUACCCCUGGAGUUCGAGUGGAGAGUCUCCCAGCAGCACCAAAAGAUGCUGGCUGUCCAGCCCUCCAGGGGCAUCAUUCAUCCUAACGAGAACGUUACACUGACAUGGAUCUUCAGCCCUUUGGAGGAGACCAAGUACCUGUUCCGAGUGGGGAUGUGGGUCUGGGAAGCCAAAGAGCCGAAAAAGGCCACACCUCAAGCCACCAUGCACUACCGGAUUCGGCUGGUGGGCAUGGGCGUUACCGGAUGCCUCUCUGCAAAGCCAAAGGAGCUGGACUUUGGGAACGUACUGGUGAACAGCCGGGAGGUCAAGUCUUUGCUACUCCUGAAUGAUGGCAACUGCACCCUCUAUUACCGCCUAGUCCUGGAGCAGCACAGGCCCAAAGGCCUCAACAAUGACCCCUGUGCUCUAGAACUCAACCGCUCGGAGGGGACCAUGCCACCUCAUUCCCAGGAUAGCAUCACUCUGACCGCCUGUCCUAAAAGCCAUUCCCAGUAUUCCUGGACCAUUAGCUACUGUCUCCUGUCCCACAGAGAUAGCAUGCCUGGUGAAAAGCAACAACUGUGCCUUGUCUCCCUGGUGGCUGUGUACCCUUUACUCUCCAUCCUGGAUAUCUGCUCCAUGGGCAGUGCUGAGGGCAUCACUCGCAAGCACCUAUGGCACCUCUUCUCCCUGGACACACUCAAUAGUUACUUAGCACGCGACCCAACCGAGAAGGAGCUCACCUACAAGGUGCCCACCCGGCACAGCAUGAGCCACACACCCCCUGUCUUCACGCCUCUGAAGCUGGAUUUCAAUUUUGGAGCAGCACCACUCAAUGCCCCACCCUCCGUGGUGCUCCUCGUACUGAAGAACAGUGGACUGGUGCCCUUGGACUGGGCCUUCCUCUUUCCAAGCGACCAGCAGCUAGACACGGAUCUGUGGGCAGAUGAAUCAGAGCUCAACUUCGCUGAGCUCCACCAAAUGCGUGCAGAGGAUAAUUGCCUCUUCAUCAUCAACCCCAAGACUGGAAGCCUGAGCCCUGGGAAGGAGCAGAUGGUGGAACUCAAAUACAGCCACCUGUUUAUCGGCACUAAUCACCUCUCUGUGCUCUUCAAGGUGUCCCAUGGACGGGAGAUCCUGCUCCACUUCAUAGGCGUGACGGUAAAGCUGGAGCAGAAGUACGUGCACUUCACCUCUGCCACCCACCAGUUCAUCCCUGUCCCCAUCGGCGACACGCUGCCCCCACGCCAGAUUUACGAGCUGUAUAACGGUGGCUCCGUUCCUGUGACGUACGAGGUCCAGACCAGUGUUCUGUCACAAAUUCAAGAAAAAAAUUUUGAUCAUCCUAUUUUCUGCUGCCUGAACCCCAAAGGGGAGAUCCAUCCAGGAACCACUGCUCGGGUUCUGUGGAUCUUCUCACCCAUCGAGGCCAAGACCUACACGGUGGACGUACCAAUACACAUCAUUGGAUGGAAUUCAGCUGUCAUCCGCUUCCAAGGAGUGGGAUAUGACCCCUAUAUCAUGGGUGACACCGCCCCCUUCCACAACCUCUUCUCAUGGGACAACAACUCCACCUACUCUCGGCUGAUGGUUCCUGGGCAGAAUGUCUUCUUGUCCCAGUCUCAUGUCUCUCUGGGAAACAUCCCUGUGCAGAGCAAGUGUAGCCGUUUGCUCUUUCUCAACAACAUCUCCAAGAAUGAGACAAUUGUCUUCACCUGGCAGCCAAGGACCUUAGACUUCGGAGAGGUAACUGUGAGUCCUGUGGAAGGAGAAGUGGCUCCUGAAGGGGCAGCCCCAAUCUUAGUGACCCUGAAGACCUCCGUUCAUGCCUGCUUCUACAGCGUGGACCUGAUAUGCAAGGUAUACCGGCAAGAACUCAUGCGGCAAUAUCACAAGGAGCUACAGGAGUGGAAUGAAGAGAAGGCCCGGCAGGAGGUGGAGUUCACCAUCACGGAUAAGAAAGUGAAGAAGAAAACAUUUUGCACAGCCUGUGAACCUGCAAAAAAGUACAAGACGCUGCCUCCCAUCACAAACCACCUGUGUCUGGGCCGGCCCGCCAGCUGGAACCUGAAGGUGGCAAAGGAGAAGACAUCAUGGCCGUGUCCUCAACCACCUGUGCCAGGCCUGCUCUGUCUAGGCCUCACCGCGAGGGCCCAUGCCAUCGACUACUACCUGGCCAACUUCUUCUCAGAGUUUCCCUGCCACUUCCUGCACCGGGAGCUGCCAAAGAAGAAAUCCUUCAGGGAAGAGACGAAAGCCUUUGAGGAAGAACCCCUGGACAAAGUGAGCCCUGACUCGAGGCAGAAGAAGCAGAUUGUGGUUGACUGCCUCUCCUCCAUCAUCAGGGGCCUGCUGGAAGACAAGACUUUUCAAGAAGCUGUGGACCAAAGCCUGGUGGAGCAGGUGCCUUACUUCUGCCAGUUCUGGAAUGAGCAGUCAGCCAGACUCCUAGCCCAGAAGAGCAGCUUGUAUUUAAUGCCAAUCCUGUCCCUGUCCUCAAGCUGCUUUGAGGAAGAGAAAGACAAAGACCAGGAGGAGGACAAAUACACCCUUGAGAAGAAGUUAAGAGAUGAAGAAGAGGUUGAGCUGGAAGAGGAAGUGGCAGAAGAGGAGGAAGUGGAGGAGACAGAAGAGGAGCCAAUCAAGGAGGAAAUGGAAGAGGAAAUGGACAAGGAAGCAAAAUUGACCUGGUCAGUGAUGAAGGCUGCCACACCGCUGUCUAAGUCCCAGCAGGCCCUGCAGUGGCAAUGGCAGCAGGAUCUGAAAGCCAUAAUAAAGGAGGAGCAAGAAAAUGAUGAGAAGGAAGCCAUUGGAAGGCUGUCAGCUUUUACCAACCUGCAGGAAGCGAUACUGCAGAACAUGAUCCAGAACAUCCUGGUGGAGGCAAGCCGUGGGGAGGUGGUCCUCACCUCGAGGCCCCGCAUCAUGCCCGUCAACAUGAACAGGGCGGAUGCCCUAUUGCCGAUGCAACAAGAUGUAUUCAGCUCUGGGGCGCAGCACACUCCUGACUGUGUGCUGCUGACUGCACCCAGCAACUCUAACAUUGCCUAAAUUGCCCCUGGUCCCU